AUAAAAUUUGAUAAAAACUGUAUUUAUUUAUUUAUUACUCUUAAUUGAGUACAAUUUUAGGUACUCUGUUACUUAUUAACUCUUUUUUUUAAGUUGGCUCACUUGGUUUAUUUUUUUCAGUGCAUUGUAGAGAUUUAGUUGUUUAAAUAGGAACAAUUUAAGGUAAUUUAGCUUAAUUUUAACAUGAACAUGAAUAAAAAUGUCCUUUUAGUACAGCAUAAUUAACAUGAGUUUAUUGAGUCUUUAGAAUCUAAAAUAAAAUAUAAAAUAGUUUUAGUUAUAAACCUUCAUAUCAACUGGUGCAGUCGGUUUCCAUUUAAUUUAACUUGUCCGGUUUUACAGUGCUCAUAUUCAGAAGCUCAUUGGUUAUCAUCGCUAUUGUUCUCCAUUUCCCCGUCUGUCUGAAUGCAAUUAUCCUCCAACCCAUUUAGGAGUGAGCAUGACACUUGUCGGACUGACGCAUGAAUGCGCCUCACUAACUCUCAUCCGCUUACGUAACGCACUUUUAGCGCCAUUUUACUCAACAAUUCAACGCGACGCGCUGCGAUUAAUCGAUCGCUGGGAAAUAGGACAUCUCUUUAGAGCUAACAUGUGAAAUGAUGCACUCAGAUUUGAAAACAACAACUUGUCUAUCCGCAGUUUUGGGGCAGCAGACGUGCAGUCCAGCUGCGCGGGAAUAAUAAUCCCUGUUUUAAUCUGCUUUAGCAGGAGGUAAUCCGAACCUCUGGCUCUGAGGCCAACCGAGGCCAGGAGGCGUGACACAGUCCAGCUUUGAUUUAUUUAUCCAAAUCUAUCGUCCCCUUCUGUGUGGUGAAAAAUAUAUCCUUAAAUUUGCGCAUUGUGCGCUGUGAGAAAAGAAAGUGACGCAGUUUGUCCAGCUGUGAUUACUGGAGCCUCUUGUGCUGAUAUGUUGUUCCUGUGAGGAGAGGCAGGCUGGGUUUAGGUGAUGAAGGCCUAAAUAGUGCGGAUUAUUGCCCCACUCUCCCUCUCUUAGCCUAUUUUCCAGCUUCAGCCUCGUUUCGUUUCAGUCUCUGCUGCGGAAAACAUGAGCACAGCGGGCGUUCACCGAGGAUUCCUCCGGAAAUAUGGAGGCUUCAUGUUCAAGCAGUGGAAGGAGAAGUACCUUGUGCUCACCAUGGAGGGGAGCCUGCUGGUGUGCCGGGACGCUGAGUCUCCACCGGACCAGGUGGUGGCGCUACAGUCCAACUGUGAGUCGAUCGCGGAGGGACGGGAAAUCCUGGACCUGCCCAGGCUGCCCCCGGGGGGCAGAAGGGACUGCUGCUUUGCCCUCAUCCUGCCCCAGAACAAGUUCCUGCUGCUUCUGUCGGACAACCCCGACGACUGCAUUCUUUGGCUGAAGCUAAUCAGGAAAGUGAGAGAGGGUGUGAUGUCACCUUUGACCCUUCAGAGACAACAAAGCCUCACUCCCUGCAUCACAGACAGAGAGCCGUUGCCGGACUCUUCCAGUGAUAAGGAGCCCGGAUCACCCAGGGUUGCUGGUGCGCCGCCGCCUCUGAGCCGCAUCAUUGAGAGAGGAGGCUCGUUCAGAGACAGACAGCCAGCGCCCGGACCGAGGCAGCCUCUGCGGAGCAACUCCGUCGCCCCGCCUCAUCGCGUGUCUGACUGCCUGCGCCAUGGCAACAGCAGCGAUGCGCGGGCGGUGCGGGCGGUGUGUCUGCUGAUGGGCGGGGCGGCGGCCUCCUCCGCGUUGGGCUACCUCAGCUCCUGCUCCCCGUCCUCGCCGCUGGCCAGCAGGGCCCCGGACGUGGCCCCAGGCUCCGGGGCCUUCUCCGAUCUCCCCGCCGGCGGCUCCUUCCACGCCUGCAGCCAGGACGUCGACUCCCCGCAUUUCAACACCUUCGACUUUGAAGGAGACUCCGACUUUGACGCAUUUGACUGCGGAGGAUUUGCCUUUUAAAAGGAACUGCAGUGACUGGUUCUCUUAGCACACUGCAAAAACAAACUGGUCUUUUAUCUGGUUUCUAGUGGAAGCAUGUUAGUACAUGUGAAAUAAGACAGAACUUACAAGUUACUUUUCAGCAAGAUUUAGAAGCUUGUUUUAGAUAAAUAAUUCCUAGUAUUACUGGCAGGUUAGUUCACUUAUGAGGGAAAUAUCUUGCUUUAAAGUUGAACUUUUUUAAUCAAUAUUGAAGGAAUAUUGACUUAAAGCAAUCUCUUAAAGAUUUACCCAUAAGUUACUUUUGUCUUAUUUCAUGAGUACAAAAACAUUUGCAGUAAAAACCAGAGAGAAACGCAGGGUAAAAGUUUGUUCUUCACUGCAAAAACACAAAAUCUUAGAAAGUAUUUUUGUUCUACUUUCUAGAAAACUAACUUAGAAGUUACUUUUUACAAGCUCAUUUUAAGUCAAUAAUUUCUUAAUAUUGAUAAAAGGUACUAAUUCAAUUGACUGAUUAUUUAAUUUCUAACAAGACAUUUUUCCCACGUUAUGAGUGAAAUAAUCUGCCAGUGGAACUAGAAGUGGGUUGCUAGGUAACGGGCUGGGCCAGGGUUGCUAGGUAACAGCGCAGUGGAAUAUUCUACCAGUGGAACAAGUAACUUUUUAAUCAGAAACGAGCUGUUAUAUCUUGCUUAAAAGUUACUUGUUUAUUAGUUUUGUCUUAUUUCAAAUGUAAUAAGACAUUUCCACUACAAACUAGACAAACAUAUUUUGUGUUUUUGCAGUGCAGAAUCUCUUCAUCAGUUCUUUUGUUAUAAAAGGUCGUUGCUAAUGAAUUAUUAAGUCAUCUAUACAUCUGAUGUAUGAAUGAAUGAAGGCGUUCUUCCUGGCUUCAUGCCCACACUCCCACAGUGAAUAACUGAUCACCUUGACUCCUCUGAACAUAAACUGUGUGUGUUGUUCCACAGUUUCCACGCCACAGGAUGGCCUGACAGUAACUGCACUGCAAAAACAAAAAAUAUUACCAAGUAUUUCUGCUGUCGUUUCUAGUGCAAAUAUCUUAGUACACAUGAAAUGAGACAAAACUAACUUACAAGGAACUUUUCA